UUGUCCGCCAUCCCCAUCUCUGUCUCGCCUUUUCUUCUUCUCAGUUGUUGGUUGUUCCCUUCGCCGAGCAGGGAUUUGUGUAGAGAUGUGAUUGGAUUUUCUAGGGUUUCGCCAUAGUCUUGUGGUAGGAUUUUUUGUAGAUCAUGGCCUGCUGAAGUCGUUUGCCUCAUUUAGUUAGGAUUCCGCCGUGGACUUCCGCUAGGGUUUUCACCAUAGUUUUGUGCUAGGGUUUCUAAUUCUAGGCGUUCUGCUAUAGUUCGCUUCGAUUUCGCCAGGCUUCCGCCCUAGAUUCAUAAGUAGGGUUUCAGUUUUUGUUUGAUGGAGUGCUGGUGUUGUUUGCUCCGAUUUUAGCUAGGGUUUCUUCAUAGAUUUAUAUUAGUUUUUAUUUUUUAUUCAUGGCGUCCUGAUGUAGUUUGAUUGGAAUUACCUAGGGCAACGGGAGAGCUUUAAGAUCUUUUUUUCGGAUAGUUGUGUGUGUGCUUACCUGCUGCAUAGUAGUUACCACUUAGAGACCAUUCUUCUGGGUUAUAUAUUGGGAUAAAUUGAAGACAUCACAAAUAUCGGAACUGCAAUGAAAACUGAGGGGAGUAGAUGAAUUCUGAAUGCUAUUUUUCACUGUUUAUCCUGCUAGUGCUGUAUUUGGGCAGCUUGAAAAGAACCUCCGCAAAAAUACAUUUCUUCAGCAUGAAAACUAACCUUAAAAGAGGGCCAAUUACCUAGGGUUUGGGCAUAGAUUUAAAUUUGUUUUCUUAGAGAAGGGAUAUUAGAAGUUUAUAUUUCUUAAUUUAACCAGUUAAAUUUUGUAUGGAAUCUUUAUGGUGGUGGUGCUUCUCUGCAACCCUGAAAUCUAGUUUAAACAGAUUUCAAGGUGUAGUGUUAUCAGCAGAAUGCAAGUCACACCAUCAUCUCUGCUUUCAACCUCUUGCUCUCUGGGCUUUGCUUGCUUUUUGAUGAACUGAAGAAUCUCCGCAAAAAUCAGAUUCUCCUCUCCUACCAAAGUUUAUUAUUUCUGUUAACAAAUGUGUUGCAUGCCCAGGGGUGUGAGUUGCAGGGAGCUUAUAACUCAAUAAAGAGGCAGCACAUAACCUCAGUGUUGUUGAUGCUUCACAUUCUCAUACAUAAGUUUUUUCGUUUCUAGAUCGAUGCUAGUUGUUUAGUUAAGGGUUAUAUUGUAGUAUACUUUAAGCGUUGCGUACAUUUUGUAAUGUGGUUUAAAGUUGCUUUUCUACACCAUUUAAUCUGAGACAAUAAAGUGGCCUAUUUGAUAAGUAUGACUACUUUUUACUUCCAUGCUUGUACUUAUAAAAGAUUCCAUAGUAACUAAGAGACAUAUUCCAUGCUAAAUUAAGAAAUAUAAACUUCUAAUAUCCUUUCCGUAAGCAUACAAAUUUAACUGGUUAAUUUGGUCCUCUUUUAUGCAUACAAAUUUAACUUCUUAUAUCAUUUCUUCAGCUUGGUAUUACCUAGGGUCUGGGCAUAGAUUUUUGUUUAGAUAGGUUCCACCCUGAUAAGGAGUGUACAUUUUUUCAUUAGGUUUGUCCAUUUUUUUCAUGGCGUCCUUAUGUGGUUUGUUUGGAAUUAAUUAGGUUUUAGCACAUUGCUGCCUUUUUUGUGUGGUUGUUAGUGUUUAACUCAUUAUUUUGCUAAACCUUUUUUUAAGUUUGUUGUGUUUCUUUUUUGCACUACAUUUUAGGUAUGAAAGCACUAAAUAGUUUGCAGUCCGAAUCAACUUUAUCAAUAUUUUACAAUCGGUUGUUGUGUCAUCAAUUUUUUUUGUUACAAUAGUAGUGUUAUGAGCAACACCACGUGUUAAUGCUUUUCAUAUCCAUCUUGGCCUCACACGCAAAACAGCAGUUUAUAUCAUGAUUUAUGAUAUGCUUUUUUACAUAAAAAUAUUGCAUGCCCCCCUUCCCUCACAAUGGAACAACCUAAGUAAUUUUUAUCUCAGUUAGUUUUUUGGUUCAUCUUUUUUAAUCUUAUUAUCCUUUUCUUGGUUUGUUCCAUAGAGCUCCCUGUCUAGUAACCAUGCCUGAAACUCUGAAACACCGUGGGACUAUAAAGCAUAGGUUCUCGACCCUCAGAUGGAACAAAGCCAUUUCAAAUUUAACUGAUAAACAAAGAGGAUAUGUUUCGAAACAUGAUCUGGAUAAUCUGUUGCACAUCAAUAAGCAUCUCAUUGUGCCUGUCGGUUUCAUGUACUGGCUUGCCGACCAUACUCGCUCAAAUGCUGUCUUCAAGUACAAGAACAAAGUUAUUCAAAUCCGAAGGGAAAUGGUCAAUCAGGUUUUUGGAAUUCAAUCUGGUUCUGAACCUUUUCCUACCGAGAGCAAUGAUCCCGCUGUAGAUGCAAAAGUUAAGGCACUCAGUGAUAAAUAUAAAUCUGGAAUUAGGACCAUUCCAAUAGAUAACAUUGUCAAAAUGAUGAAGAAUGAUGAAACUGAGGAAGGGUUUAUUUGCAGUUUCCUGUUUCUGUUCAUCUCAACAGUUCUUUGUCCAAUCACUGGCAACUACGCGAACUGGAAGCUUCUGUACGGUCUGCAUGACAUUUCAAAGUUGCAUAAUUAUGAUUUGGCAAGUUAUUGCAUCAAUCACCUCAACGAAGAGAUCGAAAGCUUCCAUGAAAAUCUUUUUAACAUAGUGGAAAUUGAUUUGAACGAUCCUAUAUGGGUUGGCGGCUGCCUGCCCAUGCUUGUUAUCAUAUAUAUGGAUUUUCUGGAUCUUUAUUCUGCAAGGCCAUUUAGGAGCAUUAACUACAAUGUGCCCAGAAUGGUCCAUGUGUAGAAUGCUGAUUUACUUCAUGCAGCUAAUGUUGAUUUCAAAAGGACAACUAACAAACCAGUAGCCUAUGGAGCACUGCCUCUUCGGGACAUUUCGACCACACCAUAUGGAGCUCGUCCACUAGCAUUGGUUGAGGAUACAGGUUUCAACGCCAAACAAGGAACAUUGCCCACAGGACCACCGGAAGAUGUUGGGUUGAAAUCAUCCAACCAACCUGAAGUAGUGCAAGUUAUAUCAGAGGUGGUCGCCAAGCAUGACGAGCUGUGGAGAAAAAGUCAUGAGGAACACAUGUCUCGAAUGCGUGCAGAUUGGGCAAGCAAUGUGUCUUCUAUCAUUCCAAGCACCAAUUCUAUGAUGGCAAAUACUACAGCCCCUCCUGUUAUUAUCAGCCAAUACCAAGGGACAAUAGCAACUCAGCCAACAGUGGACAAUAACAAUCAGGAAAUGUUAUCAAUGGUGGUUACCAAACACGAUGAUUUGUUGAAGAAAGUCCAUGAAGAACAUGUAUCUAAAGUGUUGGCAGAUAUGACCAAAAGUGCGAUUCCUUGUGCAGAAAAUGUGUCCUCCGAGUGUAAUGAAGCAAAAACUCCUGUUACUCACAGUAGCAAUACCCACAACAACGACAGUGCUCUUGUGCGAUACGAGGCAACGGCUGCUGUCAGUCAAGAUCAGCAACUUGACAAGAACAACAUUAUCUUCCAUUCAAGUCCCACUGUUUUAGAAGAUGACAUUGAUGUUGGCAAAUCCAUAGGACACUCAGAACUUGGACUUCCACAGAAAGAUUGUUCUUCUAUGAGAGUGGUUCCUGAUACUGAGCACGGCAUAACCCUUGCUAUGGGCUACGCUGAUGGUACUACUUCGGGAAACGAUGCAAGAUCGAUGCCCUUUGAUGUUAAUGAGACAAGUACUCCAAAUGUUCUAUCUGGUCGUAGUACCAUCGAGAAAAAAAAACGGGAAGAAAAGAAAAGCAAAAAAGUUGUCCCCUGCAUCUCCAUUAUCAACAUUGAAUCUAGAACCAGCUGUUGACAAGUUUUACCAAAAGUACCUAAACUACAAGUUCUUCAAAGGCAAUCCCACUGUUCUAUAUUUCAAUGACCUAACGGUGUCAUAUGAAAAGUUCUACAACGGUCUAAAACCAAUUGGCAAAGUCAAUGAUGAAGUCAUGGAUGCCUAUGUUGCAGUUUUCAACCAUGAGAAUUUGAAUCCUGAUCCAAAAUCAAAGAAGCCUUCAAAAUUUUCAUUCCCAACACACUUUACAACUAAAUUGCUUGUGGAGCCUGCAAAAUUCAGCACCAGGUCUUGCCUUCGAGAGUUCAAGAGAAUCAACACAGGAAACAACCUCCACAAACGUGACUUGCUUUUUCUCCCUAGAGUAAAUUCAUUCCAUUGGACUUUCUUUUGCGUCAAAAAUCUGUUCGAAACAAUCAACUUCUUUGAUUCAGCAAAUAGUGUCAAUGCUGAUGAACUCAACAUCCUCACAACAAACCUGAUUACCAACCUCAGCACUCUAUUCAAGGCAUCCAAGUGCAGUUUCAAAAAUAUAGAAGAAUUCGUGAAGUUUUCUCCUGAAAACUAUCCCAAACAACCUAACUUGCAUGACUGCGCUAUCUAUGGCACACUGUAUAUGGAUUGUUGGAACGGAAAAGACAUGAAGGACUUUGAAUAAGAAAUCGUUCCCCAAUUCCGUAAGCUCAUUGCAUACAAGAUAGGAAACUUCAAUCAGAACAAGUUCCACUUUGAGAAGAUUGUUGCUGAUAUCACAAAGAAGAGAAGGACCUGCUGUUAAAUUUGAUAGUCAAAGUAGUAUGAAAUGAACUAAGAUGAACUUGUUUCUUUAUUCGUGUUUCUUGUUCGCCGUUAGGUUUUCGAUGGGAAUUACAGUGAUAUGUAUACAAUGAUGAACAUGGUUGUGUUUCACUAUGAGAAUUUUGAGAAACUAGCAUCGACAAAAAAGAGUACCUAUGGUUUUCCAUGUAAGCAAUGGUUCUCCAUGUACGCUAUUCUUACGAAAUGUUUGUUAAAACGUUAUACAGUACUUAAAUCAGCCAUAUUGUACACUGGAAACAGACCCAGUAUCGACAAAAAAUUUGUUCAUUUCAUUCAAACAUGUAUAUUUCUCUAUGCAAAACAUGUUAGUUCAUUCGUAGCAAGUAAUUGUUCAAAAAAUUUGCAAGUAGAAAAUGUUUAAGAAAUUUCAAGUAACUUGUCAAGCAAAGAAAAACUAUGCACAUUAUUCUUAUUUCUGAACUUUUAGACCACUUUUUUCUUAAUUUGUCAAUAACUUAUUUUAAACUUGUGAACAUUUUUUUUCUUCUAACUCGUAAAUCCAAAGAUUAACUAUUUUUCAAUAUCUUGUAUACAUUUGCAACAGUUUUUCCUAAUGUCGGACCACAAUUUUGUCAACAACUUCUGCUAAACUUGUCAACAUUUUUUCCUUUGUUUUUGAACAAGUUCUCAUAAACUUGUCAACAUUUGACGUGAACAAAUUGUUAACAAUUUCUUACAUCUUCUUGUUUAUAUUUUUUGUAUUCUGUGUUACAACUUC